ACAAGAUUCAGAAAGUGUUAAUUCUCUGUUAUCACUUUGAAAAAUAAAUGUUCCAUUAUCUGCAACCGCUCCUGCAUUUUGUCUUUAUGAAAUUAUGUUUUUGAAAAACCAACUUCUACUUUCACUUUCGACUUUUCCAUGAAAAAUAAUGACUUUGUUCUGGGACUAUUAUUUUCGUUCGAAAAACUAAUAUGAUAUUUCUUAUUAUACAUAUUAAAAGCAUAACAUAACACUGCUUAAUGAAUCGUUUUCCCCCAUUACCUAUUUGUUAAUUAUAAACGGGGUUUUUUUCAGCUUUAAAAUUAUACCCCAGUCAACAUUAUUAUUUUAUCCGGAAAUGUUACCGGGAUAUUUUUACAUUUAUGUAAAAAGGCGGGAAAUGUAUUUUAAGCAAGAACAAUCAGCUGUUUAUUGCAAUAUCCAUUCCAAAAUAAUCAUGAGCAAAAAUGCUGUUAGAAGUGUAGCUCAAAAUCUAGGUGUAAAUUCCCAAUCGAUCAUAAGAAAAGCAGAAGAAUUGUUACAACUGGUUGAUAUAAGAGUUGGAAGCCAAAGUUUAACUGUUCUCAAUCUUACGGGAUCAUGUUGUGUAGUUAUGUGUAUAGACUUGGCUGCUACUGGUUCAGGACAACCAGUAAAUAAAGGUGAAGCCUUGAGACUAUCUGGAGUGAAUAAAAAGAUUUAUAGAAAUGGUCUUAAAACUCUUGAAAGUAUGUUAGGCUUAGAAGAACAGACCACAAUCAGAGAUCUGGCAAUAAAAUUUGGUUGUACUGGAGCUGCAGAUUUGGCAUGUCAAGUUUUACAAUCAUAUGAACAGUCUUUCAGUGGAGCCGAUAUGGAUUUCUCUGGAUCACUCUUUAUGGCUUCAUCUCUUUGUGCAGCAUGCAGAGUAUUAAAAAUUAAAGUUGACAGAACAAAACUGAUAGAGGUUUGCAGUAUAAAGAGGACAACAUUUGACAAAUUGACAACAGAUUUGGAAAAGAUAGCUACAAAGUUGAUUGGGAACAAGAAAGUGGUGCAAGAAAAGAAGAAAAACACCAUUGUUGAUGAUAUUGAAAGGCUCAGUCAAGAUGAAGUGUCUACCCCUAAGAAACAGAAAGAAGAGGAAGAGCAGCAUAUAAAAACUGACUAUGAACAAUGGAAGAAACAAAUUCUAGAAAAUGCAAGGAAAGCUAUUAAAGAUGGAAAAUGAAAAAAAAACCAGUGUUAUCCAUUUCUCUAUGAUAUAAACAAGUAUAUGAUUUCAGGAUUUUUGCACAAUGAGAAGUGUAUUUUUAAGUAACCUGAUGAUAAGGGUCAAUGUGAGUUGUUGCCUUCACUUUCACUCUGUUAGACCAUGCUUAAGCAUGUAAGUUCAACUCUCCAUAGGAUUGGCCACAGGGUAUGUUUCUAGUUAGGAAAAUUAAAAAAACAUAACAUUUGAUUUUGACAUCAAGUUUUGAGUUUUCCAUAGACAACUUUCAAAUAAAUGCAUUUUCCUGUUUAUUUUCUAUGUCACAAUGCUUAUGUUAUUAUGUCACAGUAAGAAUUGAUUGUUCAAUUACGUAAUUUAGGCCAAAUGACCUGAGAUCAACCAUUGUAACUCCUUCAUAAAAAAACCAACUUGAGAUUUAGUAGUCUAUUAUUGUCAAUUUCUAGAUAUCAAAUAAGUCCUAUUUGUGGUAUCCUUAAUUUUAAAUUCAAUGGGAUAUAUGAAAUAUAUUAGUCUCACACUGAAGGAAACAGAAUUGUUGACUUAUAGGACAUCCUCAUUACAUAGUAAACUAUAUAAAUGAAAGGAUUUUUAGAUCUUUUUGAAGGAAUUUUAAAUUGUGGGUCAUGUCAGUACAAGCACAGUAUAAUAACAUGGAUGCGUAAUUCCUACCUAUUGGACUAUUGACAAGUUGUUGAAACAUCACUCCACCAAACUAAAUAUGCCCUUCAAGUCCAAAUAGACACCAAUAUUUUACUUUUCGGUUCAAUAGUACUCUCAGUAGAGCAGAAUAGCUUGUUAUUUAGUUUGGUGUAGAAAUACAGGUUUAAAAGCAAAUAUUUUAAUCAUUAAUGUUAAUGCUCCAUCAUUCAAAAAGAACCCAAGCAUUUCACACUGUAUACAUUACAAAAUGAUUUCAUGUUUAUUCUUUAUUUUGCUUUACACUUUUCACCUUUUUCAUAUGAAUUUAUAUAUUUAUUGCACAGCAUGUUAAAAUCAUCAUUUUGACCUGGUAAAUGCAUUCUUUGUUUACUAGGAGACUGGUUAUACUUUAGAUAUUUAUUUCAUAUGUAUUAUAUUGUUAUGUGAUGA